AUGUGCUCAAAUAGAAAGGCUGGAUUCGCCAUCAGCGGAUUCGUUGUCUUCAUUCAUGUGGUUUUACUGGCUGUUCUUGGGUGGUACUUAGGAGCCAAAUUGCCCGAUUCAAUUAAAAAUUUUGAGUAUUUAUUGGACCUUGGUGGAAUCAAAAUUGAGUUGAGUGUUGAUUCUCUUGCUGAUCUUUUGGAUACGCAACAAGGUCUUUUCCUCGGAAGAAAUGUUGAAGAGUUGACGGAUCUCCUGAUCCUCAUUGUAACACUCGUCGGAAUCGUACCCUUGGCGAUGGGACUGCUAGCUUCAUUUUCCGUUUUUAUGUCGUUGAAAAUGAACAGCAGCUGCUGCAAGUGCCUGACCGCCAUGCUAUCCGUUUUGUCAGCGAUUUUGUACUUCAUUGUCAUGGGAGUAUCCAUUGCCAUGCUCGUUGUGAUUUUCAACCCUGCUGUUCGUGGAUUGCUCGAUGACUCGCUCAGUGAUCUCACUCGUGGAGUAAGCGGUGCAGGCGAAAACUUGGCGGGAGUUCUCACUAGAAAUCGUCGUCAAAUCAAUGAAGAUCUUGCUACUGAGCUUGCAAACAGCGAGUAUGGACAGUUUAUUCAAGAAAUCGAUCUGAACACUUUUGAAGCAGCGGUCAAAGAACAAGCUCCAAACUUCGAACUCGGUGACUACGUGACAGCAGAUGGCACCAUCGACGUCUCAAACUCAGAUGCUCUUGAACAGCUUGCGAUUGAUUUGAAUAAUGCUGGCGUCAACGUAGAAACACUGGUCGAUAGCAUCGUCGAUGAUGUCUUGACAGAUCUCAAUGUUGAUACUCUCUUGGCUGACUCUGGAAUAGAAAAGGCCUUCGAAGAAAUCGGCUCUGCAGGAGUAGGUGUCUACGGAUUCCUCUUUUUCAUGAUCAUCUUUACUGGUUGUUUUGGAUGCCAAGUGCAGGGCCGAAAAGUUUCACAUAUUUAA